AUGCAAGAAAGGGCAUGCAAAUUAUAUAUACAAAUGAAUAGAGAAGAUUGCAAAAGCAAGCUUGUGGGGCGGAAUUCAGUAGCAUCAACAUUCGGAGAGCUCCUUCACCAACAGCACGGGUUUUCGUCAUCUGAGGGACUCCCUGUUGGAGAUAGUCUCGAUAAUGUUCUAAAGGAAAACUCGAGGUUAACCGAUCGCUGCGGGAUGGAGAAGAGUACCUUGGUGAGUGGCAGCUUUGACCAGAUUUCUAAGUUUUCACCGCAGAAACGUGAUGCUGACAGCGACAUGCUCUACCGCCCAGACAGUUCAUGCUUAAGUGUAGUUUUUUAUUGUUCUCUCUUGUCGGCCCAAACUGGAGGCCCGUAGAUAGUUUCGACGGGGGGGAUAGUAUGUGAGCAGGGCUACCUCGAUGAAGGCAGUAUUACUUUCAGGAUGAUAAAAGACUACCUCCAAGUUUUGGCUGCCUCCGAUUUUGCAUGAAAUCAAAUGACUGUGUCGCCUGGGAAUCGAAAAGCGACUCUGGUAAUAAAGAGGUGACCUGCACGCUCGUUCGUCGUAAAAAAGACGAAAAAGUGGAUUUUCAAGAGUUAAGGCUAGCUAUCCGACGACAUCAAGGCUGUUGCCAUGUAACUAUUCUGCUACACUUUGCGCGUCGACUUUCUUCACUUGCGUUAUUAUUUCAUCGUAUACAUAGUUGUAUCAUCGCUAAGGCGAAAUUGAAGACCAUGAUUUCAAAGAAGUGCAAUAUGUUCUCGUACCCACAUACGGCUUGGCUUGAAGCGGAAGCGGGAUCGACAUUUUUCAGGUGAGCAUUCUCAAGACUGAGAAAAUAACUAUGUACAUGAUCUAACAUAGAAGGAUAACGAAGGAGAUGGCGCGAAGACGCUAAAAUGGCGAGCAGAUGGCAUGAAUAAGGCUUACUGCAACGAUAAGAAUUGCGAUGCCUUGACAUUAGACAAAGAGACGAACACGCAUUUCGACUACUUGAUAUUGAGGCCAGUUUCUGAAUAGUCCGCUUUCGGUGUCCGAUGCAACCUCUAGGUCUAUCUUUAUUGUAUUCGUUGGAAAGGACGCAACCACGGAAUAAGUCUGGUUUCGAACGAGACUGUCCAAGUCUUGGGAAGUCGCUUGACAUAAUGUGUGCAGCAACCCGAUAACUGCAAGCCAGGAUCAGGGGGGUCACUCAGUCAACAUAUCACUCAAGUUAGGAGAUAAGUGACAAACCGAAGUGGUAGCAAUUUAUCUGAUGGCUUUGUCUCUGUUCUUGUAUCUCAAACGUUGAUAUUUCCGGUAUCUAAUGAUGCAUCUUUGCGAUUUUUCAAAGUCAGACUAUCUGAUGCGCGCCGUGGCGCAACAAUACCACAUCGGAUAAAAUAUGUGCCCGGAAAUAAUUUUUCUCCUAUGCAAUGCGGAAGGGUGUGUGCUCUCAUGGAGACGGUCUGUGAGGGUUUCAUCGUGGGGGCUCCAAAAAUAUCCGGAACAGGGGAUGACAACUCGUUUUGGUUUCUCCUCCGUUAAGGUUCUCAAGAAUGAAUUUCCAAGCACCAUUUACCUAGGAGGAACAGCAACAAAAAGGUUGUUGCAUGUGAAGUUGAGUUAUCGAUAGCUCUAAUCGCGUGGGCUGGGGGAUGAUCGCUUGGGACCAAAACCAGGCAAUCCCACAGAGUUUGUGCACAGGGAGGACAAGUCGAGCAAAGCGGGCUUCUUCAGGCUCACAGCUGGGACAAAGGACGGGAAGGAGAAGUGUGUCGAGAAGUUUCGGAUUGCGUGGGUGUGACGUUGCCAAAACGGCCAUCCGGGUGAUACUCUUAUGGCCCUCAGUAUCCAACAGGUGAGUAAAUAGAGUCAGAUAAUACAUGAUGGCUUUAAGCGAGCUAGCGAAACGAGGAGAGCCUCGAAUAAUUUACGACAAUAAAUUGCGCGCCGCUUCUUUCAGUUUUGCGCCAUCCAUCGUGAUAAGGUAGAGGUAGGAGUACUGGGUAGCAGUAGAAGUAAGCUACCUCAAAAAUAUUUCAGACACACCCGAAAGAAGAUUCUCUACGUCAAAAGUAGAGCUAGUAUGCAUGUUAUUUUAUUUGCUAUGUAUAUAGGUAUGGUAGCAAUGAGUUAUAGAAGAUAGUACUAGAACAAAAAUGGACUUCUUACGAGUAUUAGAAUUUAUUGAGAAUAAUUUUGUUUAGUGCACAUGAUCGCCAAGUUGGAAACGAGGAUUGUUCGCACCCUGGCGCUCCUAUGUGCGUUAGUUGCUACGUAGGUUAUGCGCUAAAUACCGAGUCGGGGAAGUGUGAACGCGAUCCAAACUUCGGUCCUCUCCCCUUAGACUUAUGGCUUGGCCAAUCCUACUCCCUCCAUCCAAGAAAGCAUCACUCGCUUCUUGCCAAGCAGAGGGAAGACCACGAAUGUGUCCAAAAAAUUGAAAUAGUCGAGACAGCAAUAAUAUUCUUGGUUACCUACUUAUUACGUCUAUUUUAACUAAGAUAGAUGGAUACGAGGUUUACUAGAGAACAAAAUCUUACCUACUAACUAAUAUUACCAAGGAUGGAAAUCAUUUUCAUCCUUGGUAAUAUUAGUUAGUAUGAUAAGAACGCAAAAGAGAUAUACUGCCUAAAGAGGUAUCGUAGGUGCAAUCCAAACCAACUAGACAAAUAGAGUGAAGAAGUCUUUGACAUUGAUACAAAAGCCCCCCCGGCCGUCGGUGGUAAGAUGGUUGUAAGUACUUAGCCGGUGCGUAGUCACCUUGCCGCCAGCAUUUGGCUAAUUUUGAUUCUGUUUACUAUGCCCGGAAUAUUAGCAGGCGCAGUGCUAAUAGAAACGCCACGAGUAAGCUCAUCUCGUUCUUUUGUAUCUCGAGGUGGGCAUCACUUCCUUUGCUCCAGCAACGACCACCUUGCUUUUAUAAGUGGAAGAUGGCCCUGCUUUGAUAGUAGCUUAUAACAGGGUUAUUUCAAGAACACAGUUUUGGGAGUACCGACAUGCUGACUCGUCUAACAGCUAGCUUGGACGAGGAUGUCGAACUGGACGAAGACGAAGUCAGAGUGACCUCGGUCAUCACACCGAAGGCAGACGAUGAGCAAGACGUGAUGCAGCUGGAUGCGACACAAGUACUGAUCAUGGUUGGAGUCUGCACCGGCAUUUCCUUGCCAGCGAGCUGUGCGUAUUUGGGGGCGCAGUGAGUGAGCUAGGAUCUUGCCUACGAUAUUGUUGCAAGAAUAAAACUCUAUAUGAAGAUCAUCAUGAUGAUCAUCGUGUACUGUCGAGGACAGGCAGAUUGCCUUCAUUUAUGCAACGGUGGUGGAAGAGGAGCAGCACAACCUGAAACACACAACUUUUCUGUAAAUAGAUACCGAACUCUUCCCCAUAGCACAUCAUUAUAUGUGUACUGUGCUCCGCUGCGAGAUCGUGACAGACCAUAUCCUGCUGUUUUUCUGACGGAAUUGUGAAUGUGGUCUCUGCUUAAAUAAGACUAUCUAUGCAUGUGAGGCAAGAAAACCACUUCUGUUCUCUUCCAUCAUGAGCACUACGAGAGCGAGGCAGAAGGCGGGGCGCGAACGAACGAGAGUAAAUUCGCU